CGUCCACUUCCCCGUCUCAUGGCGAAGCUUGCUAUUGCUGCCGCUAUAUAUCCAGCUCUCGUUUCCGCCUACACUUGGCGCUUUACCUCCCAGCCCACCCAGUGCGGCAAUGUCACUAUCGCAGUCAACGGCGGCACCCCACCCUUUAGCGUGCUAGUUGUUCCCUACGGCAUCUCCCCACUCCCAAAUAACAUCGAGGCGAGGAAAAUACAGAGCAUAGAGAACCAGAAUGGCCCCGAUAUCAGCUUCAAGCUCAACUUUCCUGCAAACUCGCAAUUCGUCGCAGUGUUGAGCGACAAAUCAGGCUUCGCAUCCGGUGGUACAAGUGUCGGUGUCCUCGUUACCGGGUCCGGCGAUGCGAGCUGUUUUGACGCGUCGAAAAACGUCGCUCCAGCUUUCUUCUACAACAUUGAACCAGGUGGUGUUAUAGCUCAAUGCGUCUCAACUCGAAUCUGGUGGGACCCCUCCGCAGUCCAAGGCACGCCACACUUCCAAGGUGUCAUUCCUGGUGGCCAGUCUUUCGAAAUCCCCGGAAACAACCCCACCACCGUCCCAAAUCAAGGUCUUGGCUUCAAUUGGGUACCCCCUUUGCGUGGCGGCACCACUUUGCUUCUUGUCUCGGGAGACAAUCGUGGCAAUGGAAGCGGUGGAAGCUCCCCGUAUACCGUCGGCUCUGGUCCCAACAACGACAACUCUUGCUUGAACAGUGACAGUCCAAGUUCGACUCCUGGGAAUCCUGCUGGUGGUUCUUACCAGACAAGUACCAACGCCCCUAGCAAUAACUCUGGCCAUGAAACGAAUGUCGCAGCCAUUGCAGGCGGUGUGGUUGGGGGUGUUGUUGCACUACUGGCCAUAUGUCUGAUUAUGUUCUUCUUUAUGCGCCGCCGCCGCCUCCGCGCAGAAGAAAAAAGCAAAAUUCGACCCGAUCUACUUCAAGCUGACGAAGGAGACGAAGGAGGCGCUUCAGGAGUGCCGCAAUAUUACCAACCCGAACCAUAUCUUAUGGCCGAGUCGACAGUGGGGCGGUCUUCGCUUGGCGGUCUUACGUCGGACGACCGCAGAUUUAGUCAGACGGACACAGACGGUCGACCACUCAGCACGCUUUUGUCUGAUACUGCGAGCAGAAGCGGCACCCCAGAUCCUUCAAACAUGUCGUCGAGUACCCGCAAGGGCCCCUUGCGGCAAAUGCGGCCCGUCAACAUCAUCCAACAUUCCGACGCCGGACCGAGUGCGCCGCCUGCCACUGCCGAGGAGGAAGAGCCAGAGACAGUAGAGCUGCCUCCCGCUUACACCAACAUCAACAAAUAA